UUCGCGCAUGCGCAGUGAAAGACGCUGAGUGAGGCGGGGCGGUUGCUGUGUCUGCUUCUAGUUCCCGCCCAGCAGUGUCCGCCCCUUGACUGUGAAAGCGGCCGCUGGGCAUUGUGGGAGAGGCUCAGGCGGUAAAAUGGAGGAUUUAGCAAACGAAGACAAGCCAGCCAUAGCACCUCCCGUAUUUGUGUUUCAAAAGGACAAAGGCCAGAAGAGGUCUGCUGACGGAUCAAGUCCUGAACAAGGUGAAGAUUCUGACAGAGAGGAUGGAGGUUACUGUCCGCCUCCAAAAAGAGAACGUACAUCAUCUUUUUCUCAGUUUCCUCCUUCUCAGUCUGUGACGAAGAAUAAUGUCUUUAUGCCAUCCAGCUUUUGUCAGCCUUCCACAGGGAACUCUGACUCUGAACCAGAGGAAAAAUCUACUGGAUUCAGACUUAAACCCCCCACACUUAUUCAUGGACAGGCCCCAAGUGCAGGACUCCCCAGCCAUAAACCCAAGGAACAGCAACGCAGUGUGCUACGUCCAGCAGUGUUACAAGCACCUCAACCGAAGAAUUUUUCCACACCAUUUAUCGGCAGUGGAACUAAUGGCAUCAGUUUGUCCUCUGAACCAUGUGGUUCAUCUAAUACAAUUUCUACAAGCCCAGAUGCCCCAACACUUACCUCUGAUAACGCCAGCGAUGCUCAGCCAGAGUUGACUACUAGUAAAUUUGGUGUUCCUGACAGUUCAGAGAGGGUAGAACAGAAUUCUCAAACCUUUCUAUUUGGUCAGAAUCUUCGUGACAGAGUAAAGCUUGGACUUGAAAGUAAAGAUUCUCUUGAUGUUGAAAAUCCUGGGCCACAAAGUGCAGAUGCUCCAGCACAGACAAAUUACUUUCUGCAGUACAUUAGCUCCAGCCAUGAAAAUUCAGUGCACAAGGCAGAAGCAGCCUGUAAUAAAUUUGUAUUUGGGCAAAAUAUGAUUGAAAGAGUUUUGAGUCCUCCCAGAGCUGAAGCAAGUUCUGACAGCAAUAAGGAGAAUGCUGGAGAAUCUGGAGCUGAAGGAUCUUCAUUGGAAAAUACACCAGAAAAAUCUAACAACAUCUCGGAGUCACUGGCAGAAUCUGCAGCUGCUUACACAAAGGCCACAGCAAAAAGAUGUCUACUGGAGAAAGUGGAGGUUAUUACUGGAGAAGAAGCCGAGAGCAAUGUACUGCAGAUUCAGUGCAAGUUAUUUGUGUUUGAUAAAAUUUCUCAAUCUUGGGUAGAGAGAGGCAGAGGUCUUUUACGGCUCAAUGACAUGGCUUCUACCGAAGAUGGCACUUUGCAGUCCAGACUUGUUAUGCGCACACAGGGAAGUUUGCGACUAAUCCUCAACACUAAGCUCUGGGCACAAAUGCAGAUAGAUAAAGCCAGCGAGAAAAGCAUUCGAAUUACUGCAAUGGACACAGAGGACCAGGGUGUAAAAGUCUUUCUCAUAUCUGCAAGUUCUAAAGACACAGGGCAACUGUUUGCUGCAAUUCACCACCGUAUCCUUGCCCUUCGGAGCCGUGUAGAGCAAGAGAAUGAGGUGAAGUGUCCGGAACCAGCCAGGGAGGUCACCCAAUCCAAUGAGGAAGACAGUGAUGAUGAUGUCCUUACCCCUGCAGUAGCAGCUACAAGUGCACCUAGUGACGAAGGAGACAAGCCACCUGUAUCCAGUACAUAGCAGACACUUACCUCGUUCACAGAAAGAUGGUUGUCCUCACCUGGCAGGGUGACAAUCAACAGAUGCCCCCUAUUUGUAUGCCUCAUGGAAUAUUUAAGACCGGCUACCCAUAACAAAGCUGGACUGAGGACACAGACUUUACCCCCUUUACCAAUGAACUGUUCUAUCUUUUUGUUCACUUUAAGUAAACCAGAAAAAUACAUUGGGUCCCUAUAUAUAUUUUUUUUUAAUAGUGUUUUGGAGGGGAUCAGGGAGGUAUCCAACCUAUACAGUAUAAAAUGCUUGAGAAUAAACAGUUCAUCAUAUUGAUGAGCUGUGUGAAAUCCUGUUUUUCUCCCCUCUUCUAUUAACUGCUGUGCAAUUUGCAUUGCUUUUCCAAAAUGUAAUUUUGUUUUAUUUGCAUCAGUUUUAGUUUCUUUCUCAUUGCCAACCCCCUCAAUGUACAUAUUAUGUCCUCCGGUCGUUGGUUGCUUUUACAUUGGAAUUCCAGUCCUGUACAGGAACAAAGCAAUUAAUGAACAUGUACAGGAACUCUUUGCCUGACCCAUUCACAUCUAAAUACCAUGAAGUGGAUGUCUUUCACAUUGGAAAUUAACUUCAAUAACUUUAAAGUUUUACAACGCUCUUAAAAUAAGAGCCUCUUUUUUUCUUCAGGACUUCGUCAGUCAAAUGAAAAAAGUCUCAUACUGUUUUAAUUUCCCUUUUUCCUUUUUAGUAACUUUUCAGUUUUUUUUGUUUUGUUUUUUACCAUUAGUUUGACAUUAAUAUGCUUUUUUGUGUGCUGAAUAAGUGAAAUGUUAUUUUUUGUAUCCAUAUUUAAGGGAAAGAGUUAAGGAAUACUGUA